GGUCACACUAAGCCCAACUGAAUCCAAUCCGAAUUCCCAUCUUCGCAUCCGCAACUGCAUCUGCAUCUGCACUCCGCCGCCGAGGACGAGCACCCAGUGGCCAAUCCGCCGACCAUGUCGCCCAAGUACACACAUGCGAUUGUGGCCAGAAUCUCCGAUGCCCUGCUGGAGAACGGGGAGUUCGACGUGCAGCUGGCCAAGCAGCAGCACGAGCAGUACUGCACCCUCUUGAGGAGCAUUGGCCUGGAUGUGAUCGAACUGCCUCCGGAUGACCAGCUGCCCGAGGGCGUCUUCGUCGAGAACAGUGCCGUCAUCUGCAACGGAGUGGCCCUGAUCGGAAGAUCGGAGCAUGCCAAGCGACGUCGCGAGGCCGAGAGCAUGGCCAUUAUCCUCAAAAAGGAGCUGGACAUUCCGGUCAUCGAGAUCGAGGAUCCGCAUGCUCAGCUCGAUGGAGGCGAUGUGCUUUUCACGGGUCGCGAAUUCUUCAUUGGCAUCUCCAGUUUUACCAACGAGGAGGGCGCCCGGGCGGUGGCCAUGGCCUAUCCCGAAUAUCCAGUGACGCCGAUACGGGUCAACGGCACCAAGAGGCUGAAGUACUAUGUGACCAUGGCGGGACCGGAUGUGCUGUGUGUGAGCAGUAGCCCCACCUGCCAGGAGAUCGUGAAGCGGAUGGAGCGGGAGGCCAGCUUCACCUAUCAGAAGCUGACUCUGCCCGAGGAGAGUGCGGCCAAUAUGCUGUACAUCAACGGAACGAUCGUACACAGAUCGCCGACGGAAAUUCCAGAAGCCUACAAGACUUUAAAAGAGAAAAUCGACAUUCCAACACGCAACAUAAAUAUUAGUGAAUUUAGCCAAUACUCCAGUGGUCUGACCUCGUCGUGUUUGUUGCUGCGACGCUGGAAGUCCAUACGGAGCUUGUGAAUCUCUGGGAGCUGAGAGGAUCACCUGACCGGAGUGAGAAGCAUUGCCAUGAGAACCAUGCACAACAGGCCCAGGGAGCAGGAUGCAUUCCCUGCUCUGUCCAGGCAUCAGCAAUAUCGUAUUAUCUUAUUAUAGUUUAUACACAUCUCUUGUUAUUGUUACAAACUAAGAUUAAACCUUUAACGCUAAUCAAACUGAUCGUCGCAGUGAUGCCGGUGAUGUUACUUUCCAGCCCAUUGUUACCCUUAUGUGUUGUGUAAUUUAAUCAGAGUUUGAAAGCAUCAUCAUCGUCGUCCAGAUGCUCGGCAUUCCUCACUCACACUCCAUGACGAUGUUGAACGGAUAUCAUUGUAUUAAUAUGGUAAAAUUGCUAUUAUGAAUUGUAUCUACUUUACAAGUAGUUUGUUGAAUGUGUUCACUGUCUGUCCUCGAAAUAAAUGCAACAUUUGUAAUCUCUUUAUAAACUUGAA